CCCGACGGUGCAGUUUGAAUUUUUUUUUUGGAUGCUUGUUUGCUUGUAAAAAAUACGGUACCCCACAUCGUGUGACGAAACCUAUUUCGGCGCCCCGAACUGGGGAGCUUCAGCUGGUUCUGGGGAGGAGGGUGGGCGGAGCAUCUGUCUGUUCCAAAAUUUUGCCCCAAAGUGCCGUUGACAGUGUGCAGGCGGGUGGGGGAGCGUGGGGCCGCGGUAAAGAAACCCGAGCAGCUUUGGCGGGGGCAGAGAUGUAGUAUAAAACGUUAAUGGAUGUCCGGGGCACGCCGCUUCGCCGGCUGCUGGCCAGAGGUGCUAGGGAGGCGCUGACGGAAGCCCAAGAGAAGAUGCACCUUCCCCUGCCUUGGAAAGGUGGAGGAAGGAACCGUGGAGCCAAGGAACACAGAGCCUCUAGAAGCUGGAAGAGGAAAGGAAAAGGAGCCUCCCCUAGAGGCUCCAGUAGGGAAUGCAGCACCGUCAACACCUUCAUUGCCACCCAUGAGACCCAGGGUGUGGACUCAGCUGCAGUCUUUCUGGCACCAGAGGAAAAGGCAUGUGGUAAAGAAGAUAUGCUGUAAUAGAGCCCAUGGGGUAAAUGCUUCUAUGUUAAUGAGGUCUGUACUAUGAUUACUGAUGUUCUGAAGAUGACGACCCUCCUGUACCCCAAUAAGAUUCCUCGCCCAAGAAAUACAAGCUUAACUGUGGUCUUCUAAACCCAAGCACCCAAGGAAAUAUCCAGGGAAGUUGGGAGCUGAAGAACCAGGGUACAUUCCCACCUUGCCCCCUGCCCCAGUGCACUCUGGCUCACAUUCCGUUUGGAGUGAUUAUGUCUAUGGGGACAGAGGAAGAUAUGUUUCUACCUUUUACCUGAAAAGCACAGGGAGACACUGAAGGCAUCUUGACUGAGUUCAUAUUUCUCCUUUGAGGAGCUGUAGCUGGAAUAUUUGGACAUGGACCAAAUUCUGAAAAAUCAAGUUCAAAAGGACUGCGGUUGUGAGUCAUAGCAAAUGGUGUCGUGUUGAUAAAUACAAAGCAUAGUUAUAAAGAUGGAGAAAUUCAUUAUGUUCCAGAAAGAUAUGGCUGUUAAGACUUUCCAGAUGAACCAGAGAGUUGAGACCAUAAUUAUUUAAGUGAAAAACCAAUUUGGCCUUCUUAUUCGAAGGUGGGAAUAUUAGAAGGAUGAUGUAUUUGGGGCUUCCAGGCUGAGCUCCAACCACAUAUCUGAAUGCCCCAGAAAGUAUCCACAGAUGCUGUAUGUGUUUUUCCCUUCUGAAUUAUCCAGAUGAUUGCCCUUCAGCCCAUGCUUCGCUAACCUAGGGAUAGGAUCCAUUCAUUUAACUACUGUAUGGGCUAUAAUUGCCACUUCAAAUGAAAACCCAGGAAGCCAAAUCCAGGCUGUUGAAAGUGUAUAAUUAGCUCCUUGUACAGCCUGACCCCACUGAUUUUUCUGACGCAUUUGGUCUGCAGUGUGCCCUUUCUGAGACCUCCAGUAACUUCUCCACAGCUGGAGAUGCCCAAAACUGCACGCAGCACUUCCUGUGGGUGUGGUCUUACAUUCUUAAGGCUGUGGGCUGAAUGAAUCGCCUUUCAACCACUCAGAUCCACAGUGAUUUUUAAAAUAUGGGAGUGGAUUAUGAGUAGCUACCUCAAACACAAGAGGGUUCUCCCUCUUCUUUUUCUUUGUAAAAAAUGAUUUUGUGAUGGUGCCCUCUCAAGAAACACUAUAAUUGGUCAGCCUGGGGUACGUUAGUUGUCCUCCCAGAUAACGUCAUUAGCUGUUCUCAGGAGAGGAAAGGCAGGGUAUGCCCCUUGGGAGAAUGACAACACUUGUUUCAAGUUGGGGAAGAGCCUGUGGUUCUUUUCCUGCGUUUGGGGGAAAGCGAACACACAAUGUUCAUUUCCUAGAUACGGGAUGUGCUGUGUGGCUGGCAGGUCAUUUUCCACCAUGUCACAUCCUUCUGGUUGAAGGCAGCAGGGGCCAGGACAGGAAAUGGCAAAUUCUGAGAAUGAGACCAGGCUUUCCCACAGCAAUCAUUGGUUCUCUGGAACUAUAAAGCAUGCUCAUCCAGAAACAGCCUCAGAUUUUUCUUUCCUGGAGAUAGCCAGAAGUGAAUGGGCAUGGAGAGGCCGGCGGCGCGGGAGCUGCAGGGCGCCGACGCGCUGCGCCGCUUCCAGGGGCUGCUGCUGGACCGCCGCGGCCGGCUGCACGGCCAGGUACUGCGCCUGCGCGAGGUGGCCCGGCGCCUCGAGCGCCUCCGCCGGCGCUCCCUGGCGGCCAACGUGGCGGGCAGCUCGCUGAGCGCCGCGGGCGCCGUGGCCGCCAUCGUGGGGCUCUCGCUCAGCCCGCUCACCCUGGGGGUCUCGCUGGUGGCGUCGGCCGUGGGGCUGGGGGUGGCCACCGCCGGAGGGGCCGUCACCAUCACGUCCGACCUCUCCCUGAUCUUCUGCAAUUCCCGGGAGUUGCGCCGGGUGCAGGAGAUCGCCGCCGCCUGCCAGGACCAGAUGCGCGAGAUCCUGAGCUGCCUGGAGUUCUUCUGCCGCUGCCAGGGCCGCGGGGACCGCCAGCUGCUGCAGUGCGGGCAGAACGCCUCCAUCGCCCUCUACAACUCUGUCUACUUCAUCGUCUUCUUCGGCUCACGUGGCUUCCUCAUCCCCAGGCGGGCUGAGGGGGCCACCAAGGUUAGCCAGGCCGUGCUGAAGGCCAAGAUUCAGAAACUGGCCGAGAGCCUGGAGUCCUGCACCGGGGCCCUGGACGAACUCAGCCAGCAGCUGGAGUCCAGAGUCCAGCUACGCACGAAGGGCGGCCGUGGCCCCGACCUCAAGAUCUCUGCGGACCAGCCCGCGGGGCUGUUUUUCUGAGAACAUCCUUUCCCCCUUGUGACCGAGGCCAGAAACCAUCCCCAUGGGAUGCUCCAGAUUUGUAGCUCCCUCAGGAAAACACCAAGUUGGAUUAGGAGCUGAAUUGAAUGCAAAGGAUGAGAAAAACUGUUCUUGAAAUUGGGGGAAGGAGGGAGUCACAGACCUUCUUUCCCUAACACUAGGACAUCCUGCCUGGGGCUGAAUGCUAGGGACUUUUUACUUGCCAUAUCCUGUGGGACAUGUGACCCGAAAAUUAUUUUUCCUUUAUCAAAACGAUUCAGUCUCCGCAACGGUGGGCGCUACUCUAUUAAAGUUGUUUCAGGGUCCCUGCCACAGCGCAGGUGGUUUGAGCAGGUUGGGAGGGUGCCACGCAGCCACCCUCUGGGUCCUCUCCAAGCCCCAGUAGGCUUUGAGGUCCUCAGAAUGCCUGUGAGAGGAGACACUGGCUUUGAAACCUCUCUUUCAGAGUUUCUGAGUGUAAAAGAGCUCCAGAAUCCAGAGCAAAUCAGACCCCCUCUGAACGGGCAGGGCUCAUGACCCAAGAGGGUCCUCUCCCACUGAUGUGCCCUUCCCUCCCCUCUACUUGUACACAUUCACAAAUCCAGCCUGGGGCAGAGUGCAUCUUCCUGGGUAGGGGAGGGAAUCAUAUCCAGACCUCCAGAUACUCUGGGAGAAAAACCAACUAAACGCUCCUCUAAUUCCUGCCCCCUCGCAACAAGAAGCAGAGGCCGAGGAAGAUGAAGUGUCUAACAGCUUCAUUUACUGACAUUCUGGUGUACAGAAGAGAGCAGUGGCUUGGAGUGAGACAGUGCUGGGUUUGUUACUGGCUCUGUUGCUGCUGUGUGACCUUGGCCAGUUCAUUUCUCCGAGACUUGGCUUCCUGGUCUGUAGAACAGAUGCGAAACCCUCACCCUGUUGCGAGGUAUUAAGUGAGAUUAAGGUGCCAAGGGCAGUGUCUGGCUCACGAAGUGCGGGCCCCUGGACUGGCAACGUUAGAAUCACCUGGGAACUUGUCAGAAAGGCAAAUUCUUGGACCCAACUGUCAACUUAAGGGAUCCGAAACCGGAGGUGGGGCCCAUCAACCUGUGUGUAAGCAGGCCCACGGGGUGGGGGGGUGGGGGGAGUGAUUCUGAUACCUAUUAAGGUUUGAAAAUCACCGCAGCAGAUACUGGUAUCCGACCCCCUUGUGGGCAUUCAUGAAGUUUUAUGGCCUCUCUAGGGGCUCCGUGGUCUUCAGAGUCAUUCACAGAAGGUCAAGGACAGACAGUGAAAAAGAAAGAAUGUGUUUGUGCGUGAGAUACGUCAGUGCAUCCUGGGGCAAUUUCCCACCAUGUGAAGUAAGGGAUAUAACAUAAUAACCCCUUUAGAGGGCAGUGUUGCCCAAUCAUUGUAGAAACUGGUACCUGAAGGGCUGUGAACUUAAUGCAAAUUGACCUUUGUUACCUUCUGUGAAAACCGCCAGACCAUGUAUUGUGUUUUUAAUUUAUUUUAAGUUUGUUAUUUAAUUACCGUUUAUUAUUUGCAUUUAAUUUUAUUUAAUCAACACACCACAUUUAGGAAGUAAUAGGAAUAGCAGACUUCUGAAUGGGAGACUAUGGACGCUCUUUUAAGGAGAUGAGGUUGAGUUUGCCUUCGUCAGGUGGCUCAUGAGCUGGAAAAAGCAUCGCUCUCCUUGAAUAAGUCUCUCUCCGUCAAAGGGGACUUUCAUUCCCCAGCAAAGGUGGGAAGUUCUGAACAGAGAGAUGGGGCCGAAUUUAAGCUAAUCAGUGGAGGUUUGACUUGCGGCUCUAGAAAUGAUGCAAGCAUAUUUAUCCUGAAGGCAGUUGGCCAGCAAAUAACACUUGAUCUGAAAAGUGAACCUGUUUUAUUCAGGGGAGAACCCCAAUUUAGAGGCACGUGAAGGAAACAGACCAUGGGAAGUCUGAUGUCCUGUGAAGUUAUGUCUUAGGGAUGACAGACAAAAUAGCUUGUGUCAUGGUGGCGAUGUGUCAUAUUUUCACCUUGAGAUCUGUAAGGAAUCUGUAAGCUGUCUCUAAGAAAAUACGUAUAACUUUUUCAAUUUCCAUUCCUACAACUGUAAUGUUAAAAAAUAUGUCGAAAAGUCUUUGGGACCACACACGCAAUACUUGGCUGUGUUAUUUAAUUAUUUAACAUGCUUUAAAUUUAUCCAGUCUACCCCCAUCUUUCCCAAAUGAUAGCCGGGUGUCUGAGGAACUGUACUUUCAGUGCUGGGGGAAGGGGUUAGUGGUUGUAUAUUUUUAUUUUUACCACAAAUUGCAAUUGCUCUGUAUCCUGGUUUCUUUUGAAGUUGGUACUGGUUUCUUUUUAAACUGGUGUCGUUUCUUAGGCUACCUUGCACAGAUAGCUAGCAUUGUAGAUCACCAGAAUGUACUUUGCAUUGUCGUUUGUGUUAUAUCACACAGGUACAACCACUCCCUAACUCCAGCUUUUGUUAAAGCUUAAGUUUGAGUUAUAGUCUUCCAGUGGGUAGGUUGUUCCUUCCCUAAAAAUAAACUGGGCAUUUCAGGAAGCAGCAAUAGCAAGCUUUUCCUAUCAUUAGGGUUCUUCCUAUCACUAGGGGAUAUCAAAGUCAUAAACUCCCAGUUAUCAUUUCAGUGGCCCUCUUUACACCUAAGGAAGAGUGUCUACUUUGGAACAACACUCCGCACAUAAUAGGAGCACAAUAAAUGCAUUUGAAUAAUUUAAUGAACUGUUUAGCUACAUUAAUAGGAAUUUGUCGAUAAUGAAAGCUUAUCCACCCUCUUAUGUGUCUGUUAUAAAGAUUGGAGCCUCUACCAGGAUUUAGUCAAUUUCAGUUAAAUGGAUCCUAGAGAUAAAUUUUUAUUUAUUUCUUUUGUGGGAAUGUGAAUAAGGCUUUUCCUUAAGGCCUUCAUUCUAUAAACAAACAGAUUGAAAUGGUAUGUUGUAAAAGGAAGAAGGGAGAGGAGUAUUUGGAUUAUAAGUGUAUUUCAGGAAAAUGUCCGAGUUUGAAAAAUAAAAAUUUGGUACUCGGGUCUAA